AUGUCCAACUUUCCACCUAGCCAGUCUCCAACUUUUCGUCCCCCUCCUUCGUCUCCAAAUUCUCGUCCGAUGCAGGCUACAGAUCCAAACCAACAAAUACCAAGAGGAACCUCUCCAAAUCAACCCACUCCUGGUUCUCCAACAAGUCCACGUUCUCAAACGCCGCCCUCGACAAGUCAUAAACCGAAACGCUUAUAUCCAAAGCAAAUCUCAGAGGCGUAUGUAGAUCCUAACACAUAUGGCGGGCAAUAUCAAGCUUUUACUCCUGCGGUAGCUCCUGGUAACGUUGGGCAGCAGAUACAACCACCGGUUGUUGAGCAGAAUACAUAUCAACAGCCUCAAUUCUUUACUCCUGCUGGAAAUCAGAACUAUCAGGCAGCGGUGUCUCCGACGACGCCUGCUUAUUACGCUCAACAAUAUACACAACAACCUUCAAUGAAUGCUCCAAUUUCUGGUUUGACGAGUCAACUAAAUAAUAUGAAUUUGGUGGGACAUUCACAGGCACCAAUUGUUACCGUUAAUUUGGUUGGUACUCUACCGAAUGUUGUAGAUCUGGAUGCACCACCACCACCUAUUAACCUACCGCCUAACACAUCUGUCACUCCAUCGGACAAAGCGAAUUGCGAUCCAUCUUAUAAACGAUGUACCCUCAACUCAGUUCCUGCUACACCAAGCCUUCUCAGCAAAUCCCGAUUGCCACUUGGUCUUGUCAUCACCCCUUAUAGAAGUUUGAAAGAAGGCGAUGAUCCAAUUCCAGUGGUUACAGACACUGUUAUUGCAAGAUGCAGAAGAUGCAGAACUUAUAUUAAUCCUUUUGUUACUUUCGUUGAAGGUGGACAAAAGUGGAGAUGUAAUUUAUGUUUCCUAUUAAACGAAGUACCAUCACAGUUUGAUUGGGAUUUACAAACUAGUCAACAAGCAAAUCGGUGGAAGCGAGCAGAAUUAAACCACGCUGUCGUUGAAUUUGUGGCACCUACGGAAUAUAUGGUUCGGCCACCUCAACCACUUGUCUAUUUAUUUGUGAUCGAUGUUUCAUUUCCUGCCGUUCAAUCUG